UCGUCACUAGCUCCAGGUGUUAACAUUUCAGUAACAACAGAGUCUCGACAGACAACCCUGAGAGCAGAUCCAACAUUGAAGCUGCAGGUUCGUCACCAGAUCAAGGUGUUGGUGUUGAAAAGACCCUCCAGAGAGAAAAUCUUAGAGAUGGCUCAGCCUUCCAAGUCUGCAUACUUUAAUCAUGAUGAACUCAAAGAUCUCAAGUCUGCUUAUGAAAAGGGUGGGCUGGAAAACGCUGCCUCUUUGAUACAGCAGAAAUUAAAUGUUCUUCACAAUGUACAGCUGAACAUUGCAGUGACGGGAGACUCUGGUGCAGGGAAAUCUACUUUUAUUGAUGCGAUAAGAGGAGUACAGGGCGAUGAUGAAGGAGCAGCUGAAACUGGGACUACCGAAACCACAAUGAAGCCAACCCCAUACCCGCACCCCAACCUGCCAAAUGUUUGCUUCUGGGACCUGCCAGGAAUUGGAACACCAAAUUUCCCCGCAAAAACAUACAUGAGUGCAAUGAAUUUUCAAAAAUAUGAUUUUUUUAUCAUCAUUUUACAUGGUCGAUUCAGAGAAAAUGACGUUUCUAUUGCCAAUGAGAUUAAAAGGCUUGGGAAGAAUCUCUACUUUGUCCGAUCUAAGAUAGAUAAUGAUCUCUAUUCAAUGAGGAAGAAAAAUAAGACUUUGAAUGAAGAGGAGGAACUGAAGAAAAUCAGGAGAGACUGCGUCAGCAAAUUGAAAGUGGCAGGGUUUUCAGCACCCACUGUUUUUCUGAUAUCCAGCUUUGAAAUGAAUGAUUUUGAUUUUCCAGAAUUAAGAGAAACCCUUGCAAAUAACCUUGAUGAUCUAAAGAAGCAAGCAUUCUUGAUGUCACUUCCAAAUACAACCUUGGAAAUAAUCAAUAACAAAAGAAAAGAGCUGAAAAAACGAAUCUGGAUGUUAGCAACAAUUUCUGGAUCAGUGGGAGCGAUUCCAGUUCCUGGCCUGUCAUUCUCUUGUGACAUUGGGGUACUGGUUAGUGCAAUUAAAGAAUUUCGUAAAUAUCUAGGUCUGGAUGAUGCCUCUCUUCAAAGACUGGCCAAAAUGACAGGGAAACCUGUGGAAGAUCUGAAAGCAGUGGUGAAAACUCCCCUGCUGGGGGAAGUAAAUAAGGAGUUUGUGAUACGAAUGUUAAUGGGAUCGGUUUUUGUUGGCAUUUCUACAGCUGAAGUUGUCCUUGACUUUAUCCCAGUCGUUGGUUCUAUCUUUGGAGCAGCAUCAUCAUUUUGUUUGACCUACAAGAUAUUGAACAAUGCACUGGAUGAGCUUGCAGAGAACGCACAGAGAGUGGUGAAGGCUGCAUUUGGGACUGAUUAA